AUGAAAAAUCUUACUGCUUUGAAGCAAAAGAGCAAGGAUGUCAAACAAGAAAGACGCAAAAAAUACGCUGAUUUAGCUAUUCAAGGUACAAAUAAUUCCUCAAUUGCUUCCAAAAGGUCGGUGGAAUUACUCUAUCUGCCGAAAUUAAGUUCAGCUAAUAACUUUCAAAUGGACAAAAAUAGAAAAUUGUUGGAAUACUUCAAGUUUUUUGUUCCUAAAAAAACCAAAAGAUCUCCUUGCAUUAAUAGAGGCUAUUGGUUGAGAUUAUUUGCCAUUAGAUCAAGAUUGAACUCCAUCGUCGAGCAAACACCACAAGGUAAAAAAAUAGUUGUUGUUAAUCUCGGAUGCGGGUAUGAUCCGUUGCCAUUCCAGUUGCUAGACACUAGAAAUAUCCAAAGUCAGCAGUAUCAUAGCCGUGUCUCUUUUAUCGAUAUUGAUUACUCAGAUCUGAUGAAAAUUAAGAUUGAGUUAAUUAAGACCAUACCUGAGCUUUCGAGAAUUAUCGGCCUUUCUGAAGAUGAAUGUUAUGUUGACACGAGUAAUGUUGAUGUUUUGACUACUCCAAAUUAUCUCGCCAGGCCAUGCAAUUUGAACGAUUCUAAAAAUUUUAGCGCACUACUAGAAGAAUGUCAAUUGGACGACCCAAACGUUGUUAAAGUUUUCAUCGCCGAAGUGUCUCUGGCGUAUAUGAAGCCAGAAUGUUCAGAUAGUAUCAUCAAUGCAUCUUCGAAGAUGGAAAAUAGUCAUUUUAUUAUUCUUGAACAGUUAAUUCCAAAGGGGUCUUCCGAACCCUUUUCUAAGCAGAUGUUGACGCACUUCAAGAAAAAUGACUCUCCACUACAGUCCGUGUUGAAAUACAAUACCAUUGAAUCGCAAAUUGAACGAUUUAAUAAGUUAGGAUAUGCUCACGUCAACGCGGGUGACAUGUUUCAACUAUGGGAAAGUGUAGAUGAGUUAACCAAAAAUGAGCUCUUAAAUGUAGAGCCCUUUGACGAAUUAGAGGAGUUCCAUUUAUUUUGUCAUCAUUAUGUUUUAUGUCACGCUACUAACAAUAAAGAAUUCAGAUUUACUCAAGAUUUUAUGUUUGACAGACCAACGUCCGAAGUUAACUUAGCUACGGAUAAAGGUUAUGAGAUUCUAGAAUGUGAGUGCACUAUUAGUAGAAAAUAUGGCGAUGCUGCUGUUUCUGGAAAUGAUGUGUAUUACAUGGGAGGCAGUAACCCAUACAGAGUGAACGAAAUAUUGCAAUUAAAUAUAUACAACGAUAAAAUGGAUAUAAAGAAUAUCGAAGUGAGCGGCAGUGGAGUCCCCGAUGCAAGAAUGUGUCACACUUUUACUACCCUUUGUAGUAAUGAUCAGUUGCUGCUUGUUGGCGGCAGAAAGGCACCUCACCAAGGCCUCUGUGAUAACUGGAUAUUCGAUAUCAAAAAAAGAGAAUGGUCAAUGAUUCAGAGCUUAUCACAUACAAGAUUCAGACAUAGUGCAUGCAAUUUACCAGAUGGUAAUGUUUUAAUCAUGGGCGGGGUUACAGAAGGGCCCGUCAUGUUGCUAUACAAUGCUACUAGGAAAACGUUCAAGGAUGUAACACCAAAGGAUGAAUUCUUUCAAAAAUCGCUAGUAUCAGCAGGCCUCGCCUUUGAUUCCACUCUUAAUCAAGGGGUUGUAUUGGGCGGUGGAUUUAUGGAUCAAACGACGGUUUCAGAUCAGGCAAUUGUGUUCACAUAUAAUCCGGAAAGCAUAUUAGAGCCAAUCACAGUUCUUAAAAAGGUCCAGCAUCCACUGUUUCAACGCUACGGAUCUAGAAUAAAAUUUAUGUCUCCAAGAAAGCUCCUGAUAGUCGGUGGAACCAGUCCUUCAAGAAUAUUUGACCAAAACACCUCUAUAAUUACCCUUGACCUCCAGAAUGAGACGUUAACAUCAAUACCCAUCUGCAAGCGCAUAUGGGAAGAUCACUCGCUAAUGCUUACUGGAUUAAAUUUGGUUUCGACUGUUGCGGGGAUCAUACACAUCAUCGGAGGCGGUGCCACUUGUUAUGGAUUUGGAUCCGUAACUAACGUGGGUCUCAAGCUUUUGCAAGCACCAAAUGAUGCUCCUGGCGGGGUUCGAAUGGUUACCAGCUCGCUAUGUGACUCACUUAAAGUACAUGAUGCGUCAUUCUGA